AUGUCCUCGGUCAAGAAACUGAAGCUGGCUGUGUACGAGCUGCUGCAGUUUGCCGCGCUAGCCGUCCCCACGUUGGUGAUUGCCGAGCGCUUCGCCCGCUUGCUCAGCGACUUGGGACACGACAACAUCUCUUACUGGCUGGCGGUGGCCUCCUCGUUGGCCUAUGUGACCUCUUGUGCCCUGCUGGUGUGGGUGCCCCUCAAGUAUCACCUCCUGAGGGGGCGGAGACUCCAGACUGCACGCUGGAGACCUACAGCACUGGCCUAUCUCAUUUUGUGCACACUGCCAUGCUUUGCUAUUAUAAUAGCCAGCUCACAGGUGCAAAUGAACGCAGGUGUGAGGCUGGACCACUUUGCUGAGAUGCCCAUCUCUUUGGUGAUGUUACUGCUCAUCUGCAUGGACCUGGUAGAACGGAUGCGGCCCUACAGACUCCUUGGACAAUCUGACGAUAUGGACCUUUCUUAUGAACUACCGGUUUUAACCAACCUGGAAAUGGUCAGCUCAGUCUCCAAUCAACUGUACGGAGAGGAGAACGGUGCCCCAGCAAACUAUCAGCCAGAACACCAGAGCAAACCUGUUGCCCCCCGAAGGCGUCCCGACACCCCCGCGGGCCGCUCUACACCCAUUCCUUCCAGAACUUCAGGUGGUGCCUACUUGUACAAAUCUUCACGAGCCUUUUCUGGAAAACUGGGCUUCCUGGUGAAGAGAGACUCCAGGUCGCAUGAAUUUGUGGAUUGUUUCCUCUUUUGGUUUGACACGGUGGAGAUGCUGAGGGUGGCGGGCGAGCCAACUGUGUUCUACUCGGCCUGGGUGUACCCUGUCUUCGUCUUGGCUUUCCUGUCCAGCCUGCGAGUGAUCCUCGCCCCUGACAGCCCGUUCUUGUCCCUAGCUGGGGUGGUCCUCCAGGACUUUCCCUUUUUGAUCCUGCGGUUGUCCCUGAUGGCCGUUUUUGGACUUGUCACACCUGUUUUGUUCCCAGUGAAAAAUGCCCUGGUCAGCCUGACCUUUGUGUACUUCACUUGCAUGACCAGGAUGAAGAUCUUCAAAAGACAUGAGAUGUUCUGA